AUGUUUUUGUUUUUCUUGAAUUCAAUUGCCGAUUGCGAAAAUGGAAUAUUCCAAAAAGUAUUUAAUGAUAAAAUAAUUUUAAUAGAUGUCGGUGGUUCCUCAAAACAAGACAUUAAUGGCUCAAUGCAAAUGACAAAGCCUGAAUAUGCAAUAUAUCCCUGGAACAAGCGAUACGACUGGUGUUCCAAUUGUGGCCGAAAUUAUGAUGAGCAUCCAUAUAUCAGGUUCUCAUUGAAAAAUAAGAAGUUUAAAUUCAAUAGUUAUUUUGUUCGUUGUGGCUGUUGUUAUCAUCACAAAUGUUGUUGUGAAGAUGAAAAUAUCGGCUGUUUCUACUGUUGCCUAUAUUCAUGGUCAUUGCGAAUAUCAGAUGAUAAUAAAACGUGGACAGAAGUUCAUCGAAUGAAAGACGAAGAAAUGCGUCGAUGCAACGAGAAGACAUACAAACUCGAUAAAACGUACAGUGCUAAAUAUGUUGAAGUCAUCCAGAACGAAGCAUGUCCGGGUGAUCCUCCAUGCAUUGCUCUUAACCGAUUUGAACUUUAUGGCGAUGUCAUUGAUGACAACGGUGUUUCCGAUGAUUUUGUUUCAUACCACGACGAUGACGACGAUGUCAGUAUCAUUGGCCAUAUCUCCAAAAACGGCAAUGUCAAACUCGUAUAA